CAGUGAAGAGCUGAGACUGGGCACGUUAACAGCAUCCACUGUGACUGUUACAGUGGUGUUGUUGUGGUGGCUGCAGUGAUCUCUCGUCCGCCUGUGACAAGGGUGAUGGUAUUGUGUUAGUGGUAUGCAACAAGUGGUACCCUGUCACUGGUGGUGUUUCAGUGGUACUGUGUCAGUGGUAGUAUGUCAGUGGUACUGUGUCAGUGGUAGUAUGUCAGUGGUACGUGGCAAGUGGUACUCAGUGGUGUUGUUUCAGUAGUGCUGUGUCAGUGGUGUUGGCCAGUGGUACUUGGUCAGGGGUGUUGUUUCAGUAGUGCUGUGUCAGUGGUGUCGGCUAGUGGUACUUGGCCAGUGGUGCUUGUCAGUGGUACUUUCUACAAAAACUUCUCCAUAGGUGGGUGUUGGUGGUUCAACUAUGGCCGCUCAUAACAGAGAUGAAAACAGCUUCAGCUUGACCCACGAGGCCGACCACGAGGCCGCCCACGAGGUCGCCCACGAGACCACUCACAUGCUACUCCAGCAGGCCAGACACCCACCCUCGCUGCCUCCCGCUGGUGGCUUAGAUGAACCUCGAACAUCUGACUCUGAUGAAGAGGGCGAGGUUCUCUUGACUGAUGCCAUGGUGGAUGAAAUACUUGGUCCUGAGAGCUUCACCAGGUGCGGGGUGGGGUGUGUGGGCGGUGGGUGGCUGCAGUGGGCGGCGCGGUCGGAGGUGUACUUGCUGGUGUUCAGCUUAAUGGCAGUAAGUCAGGGCGCCUUCUACGCUUACGUCUCCAGCACUCUCACUACAGUAGAACGUCACUUCAACCUACCCAGCUCCCUCACAGGUUUCAUUGGGACAGGGAACGACGUUCUUCAGGUGUUUCUGUCGUUGCCUCUGGCUUACUUCUCUGGCUACGGUCAUCGGCCACGCUGGAUGGCUGCAGGACUCCUGGUCUCCACAUUGGGGUGUUUCUUCAGCGUGGCUCCACACUUCAUCUUCGGCCCUGGAGACUACUCUCACCUCUUCCUGGACACACGCGAUCCUGACAAUGGCACCUUGAAGCAGCCGGAAGAGUGGGCGUGGUGUGGGCGUGGGCGUGAGGAGGACGCUGGCUGUAACGUCACCUCGUCAACAUCCUUGAAUACAGAACAGUACUCAGUAGUGGCGCUGCAGUUCCUAGGACAGGUUCUGUCUGGGUUUACCAACACACUUUUCUACGUUGUGGGUUACACUUACCUGGACGAGGCCGUCAACAAGGAGCAAGUUCCUCUCUACUUUGCUGUGUCUGGUUGCAUGAGAAUCAUGGGACCGGUGGUGGGCAUGACCCUGGCCUCGUGGGCACUGCGACAGUGGGUGGACCCAGCUGCCACGCCCACCAUACUACCCACACACCCACAGUGGGUAGGCGCCUGGUGGAUAGGUUACCCAGUGUUGGCAUCGCUGCUGGUGUUGACCUCGACAUUCCUUGUGUUGAUGCCCCGGACGCUGCCAGCUGCCCGAGAGAGGAACUUAGAGAGACUAAGAGCGGCAUCCAGGCUGGGUGGUGCUACCCUCACCUCCUACUGCGCCUCUCUCAGACCUCUCUCCCACACUGCAGCUCCAGGUAUAUUACAGGAGCUGAGACGACUCUCCAAGAACCGUCUCUUCUUGACGAUGUUGGGGAACCAGACAGUGUUCUGGGCGGUGCUGGCUGGCUACUACACCUUCAGUGGCAAGUACAAGGAGCAUCAGUUCAAGAUGGCCGCCGCUGACGCCAGCGAGUACAGUGCUAUGGUCGGUCUGGUGGCGUCUACGGUGGGCUGGCUGGCCACGGGAUCCAUGUUGACCUUCCUCAAGCCCAGAAUUAAGGUCAUCAUACUCUUCACCAUGGGUGUCUCCCUAGCCAUUGUGGCAGUCUCUCUAGCUGAGAUGACGGUGAUGUGUGAGAGAGAUGACAUCCUGGGUCUCUCACAGAUGCUCCACACUGAUGUCACGUCCCAACACACCAUACAUAAUGACAUCACAAGAGAUUUUGAUGUAAAUAUUGACAAUGUUACCAGACACCCAGGAGUACUAGGGUGUAUGAGUGCGUGUGGGUGUAGCGAGAUAUACUCCCCCGUGUGUGUCGACACUCGGUAUACCUUCUACAGUGCUUGUCAUGCUGGCUGUACUUACAGGAACAUAGUUAACGGCUCCCAGGUGUAUGGCAAGUGCUGGUGUGCUGACUUCAUGCGGUCCUCAGAGCCAGAAGUAAGUGAGAGAGGUGCAAGACGAGAGGCGCGGAGUGGCGUAUGCAGUCGAGGGUGCGACACUUUAUGGGUGUAUCUCGCACUCUCUACGUUCAACGGUGUCCUCGUAGCUUCCAACAGAGUCGUGGCUAACGUUAUCCUCUUCAGAUGUGUGAGUGAGAGAGAGAAGGACCUGGCACUGGGAGUGCUGAACGUGGCUCUCUCUCUCAGUUUUGUGGUGCCUCCUGUGUUGGUGGGAGUUGUGGUGGAUCAAAUCUGUAUACUGUGGCAGAGAAGCUGUGGUGAGAGAGGCUUCUGUCACCUCUAUGACAUGGAUGCCUUCAGAUACCUGAUGUCUGGGACUGUAGCAGCUGGAGUCCUGUGCGGGUUCUUCUUCGAGUGUCUCAUCUUAAAGUGGCACCAGAACCUCGACUUCUACGGUCACAAGGAGAUGAUGGAUCUGGGUCUUUUUGUCUUGAAGACGAAGAAGAAGGACGAAGAAGAUACGAGGAACGGAAGGAAGGAAGAUGAAGAAAACUUUGGUGGAUAGAAAUUAUAUGUUCGUGAGAUCUGGCCUCGGGUAUUGUGAUAGUAGAGAGAAUGACAGUACCCAGAAGGUGGGUGACAGGACGUAGAGAACACGUGUUUAUUAUGUGUUUAUUAGGCAGGUUUAGAUACUGGUGAGUUGACUGUGUUGUGGCCAUCUAGAUGAGUUGACCAUCUAGGACCGCGGUGUGGGUUUAGUGAUUAAAAUAAUGAUAAUAAUAAUAAUAAUAAUACAAUAAUAAUAAUAAUAAUAAUAAUAAUAAUAAAUAAAGCACUAGUGCAAUAUUUGGGCAUCUUUAUUCUGGAAACGUUUGGCUACACAGUGGCUUCUUCAGUCCAAUGCAGAAAAAGUUGGAAGAUGAGGAGUAGUUUGGGGUAAUCAGUCCCUCGGCCUGGAGUUGAUGUGUUCAGUACCUCGGUCUUGACAUAAGUGGAGCUGAGAAAGGGCUUGUAAGCCCCAUCCUGAGGCAUGGUAAGUCAUAAGUAAUAGUAACUCCAGUUCUUCUGGAAGGAAACUUCUGAAGCUUCUGUAACUGGAACCCUUGCUGGAGCCCUUGCUGGAACCCUUGCUGGAACCCUUGCUGGAACCCUUGCUGGAACCCUUGAUAGAACCCUUGCUGGAACCCUUUCUGGAACCCUUGCUGGAACCCUUGCUGGAACCCUUUCUGGAACCCUUUCUGGAACCCUUGCUGGAACCCUUGCUGAAACCCUUUCUGGAACCCUUUCUGGAACCCUUGCUGGAACCCUUGCUGGAACCCUUUCUGGAACCCUUGCUGGAACCCUUGCUGAAACCCUUGCUGGAACCCUUUCUGGAACCCUUGCUGGAACCCUUGCUGAAACCCUUGCUGGAACCCUUUCUGGAACCCUUGCUGAAACCCUUGCUGGAACCCUUUCUGGAACCCUUGCUGAAACCCUUGCUGGAACCCUUUCUGGAACCCUUUCUGGAACCCUUUCUGGAACCCUUGCUGAAACCCUUGCUGGAACCCUUGCUGGAACCCUUGCUGGAAUACUUGAGGAUAUCCUCACUGUUCUACUCAAGUCUUCCAGCUCAGGCUGACACAUUCAACACCCUGUGUAAACAUCAUUCUUCGUGAUGCAAUUUGACAGGGAAAACAUAGCUAGCUUUUGUUCCCACUGUGUCAUUAUUAUAUAGAAUAGUGUAUUCAGUUUUAUUAAAUAAAGUGAAUAAAAAAUCCAUGAAUAUACCUACCUCUUAAUGUAUAUAACGUUCACCUUUAUAUAUACAUUUUAUUGAGGUAUCUUUGUAUUAACAUAUUUUUAUUUACGAAUGACAUCAAUUAGAAAUAUUUCUGGAGUUACAAUACUGUAGCAGCUUCUGUGUGAUAAUUUAUAGCGAUAACUUGAGUCAGAAUUACAGAAAGUGUUUAUUGACACGCACCUUUAAUAUGCCCAGCAGAUAUUCUCUCUCUCUCAUACACCACCUGAUGGUUUAAUUGGGUUUAAAGUCUGUCUACUACUCACAGCGUCACUAAGUCAGCGUGCCACCUGUCGAGACUCCACUCCAGCAAAAAUAACUUGAGUGAUCAAGGCAGCGGGAUCAAAAUGUUCUGUAAUAAAUAUAUCCUAGAGUUUGC